UAUUAAGUAUUUUAGGUAAUGUUGGAUAUGCUGUAUUGGAAGAACUGUGGAUAUGGUAGAGUCUCUUGUUUUUUCUUUAAAGAUGUAGGUCGGCUUCCCCCACUGGCUGCUGUUCCAUUUUUCUCCAUAUUUAUGAAUCUCUUCUUUGACAAAUCAGAAUACAAGUUGUUCAGCAGAUGGUGCCCAUGAGAAAAGUGCCCGUCAGCCUCUCGCUGUUGGUGAUCCUGUGGAUUCUCUGAGUGCCAAGGAAAGCACGGCAGCAGCAGCAGGAGCAGGAGCCUGUGAUGAGCUGAAUGGAAUUGAACGCUUGAGUGAGGAUGCAAUUGUGACGGGCUCCUACAAGAACAAGACCCUUUGUGCCAACCCAGAGGACACGUGUGACUUUACCAGGGCUGCCCACCUGGCCUCAACGCCCUUUCACGGGGUGGGAGCUCAGAGAGUCCCAGCUCCUGCUUUCUCUCAGGGUGAGCUGAAGGAAGAUAGUCCAGAAUCCGAGAGUUCGCCUCUGACUCAUAAAACACCUGUGGGUGCAGGGCCCUACAGUGAAGCGUAGAGAGCUGUAAGCGGCGUGGUGAGCUGCAAAGGUCAAGACUUAAAAUUAAGAAGGUGAUCCACUGGGGAUGAUGGGAUCUCUAGUGUCAACCAAAGAAAAAGCUAAAGUGUCAGCAGAAGAAAAAGCUAUAGUGAAUUUAUGGAGCCUUAUGUUGGACCGCCGAGAGAUAAAAUAUGAUAAAAAGGCUCUGCAUAGUUUAUUGCAGUGGUGUAGGAACCAUGGGGUAGAUGCCACCAUAGAAACUGCAUUUCUUGUUAAAAUCUGGGAACGGGCUGGUGAAUUGAUUUUUGAAUCAGCCUUUCGAGGUGAUGACACUGCUAAAAAUAUUAUGAAAACUUCGAGGCUGGUGCUGGACGCCUUGAAACUGCUGGAACUUGAGCAAAAUGCAAAAACAGCAGCUGAGGCACCACAGACUCCACCUGCCAAGACACCCAGUGAUGGUGGAGCUCAGGAGGGAGCGGUUGGAGGAGUAGGUGCCACAUCAAGUUCACGAGUGAAAAGGACGGGUGAAAAGCCAGAAGGGAAGCAGCUGUCAUCCACGCCUACCAUCCCUGCAACUCCGCCUGCGCCGUGUGCACCUGCACCCCCACUUAGCACAAAGCCAUCCUCUCCUCCUCUGCCUACGGAUGAGCGGAGUGAUGAUAAACUUCUGCCGACAGCCCCUCCAGUGCUUGAUAGGUCCAAUCACAAGCUCGGCAUGGAAACAGGAGCCGGGAGCCGUGCGGCACUUGGUGCUGACAGUUCCAGCAGGGAGCUGCCAGCACCCAGAGCGGCAGAAUGCCACACCUCAUCGUGUCCACAGCCAAAGCCUGAGAAGCCCAAGGAAUCCCCUCUAUUAGUAGAUUUGUGGAAUCCUAACAGGGGAGGCCCAAGUUGUCAUCCCCCUGCUGGCCCUCAGAAGGAUGAUUUUACUGUGCAACCAGUGUCAGCUACUAUCUCAGGAUAUGACCGGGUUAGAUUUUGUCAAUAUCGUAAAUUAGAGGCCGUUGCUCGUGGGAAUCUUGAACUUGCUGAACGACUUCCUGAUCCAUAUCCCCGGCUGUUCUUGAGUGGCCAAGAGCAUGUGAGUGGGACGACUGGGGCUACUAUCUCAGCAUACAAUCCAGUUAGCUUUUGGCAACGUAUGAAAUUAAAGGCAUUUGCUAAUGGAGAUUAUGAAGUUGCUGAACGAAUUUCUGUACCUAUGUUCCCACAGUCCUUGGAUGACCAAGAGGGGCAAAACAAUGGGACUGCAUACUAUAUACGAGUCGCCUUAAAAAUUCUCACCCAGUUACGCCAACUAGCUACCCAGCAUGGCCUGGGGUCUGUGGCUGUAACAAGGAUGUUACGGCUUCUAGCUGAAUGUGAAAUGACACCCUUUGAUGUCAAGCAAAUAGCGGGGUUGCUCUGUACCCCAAAGGAAUAUGAGAUGUUUGAGUCCACCUGGAAGCAAAACGUGGAAAGGCAAAGGCUGCGUAGUUUAGCGGUGCCGCAGCAAGAUCCAUGCUUUGGGGCAGAGGUCUCUCAGCUUCUGGGAUGGCCUCCUGUAAAUAACCCUCAGUUGCAAGCACGCCUAAAUCCUUUGAUAUUGGCCCAGGCAAGAGAUUUAGGAAUGCAGGCCCUGAUGGAAGUUGGAAAAAUGGGAUUGGUGAUGCCAACUCAGAGUUGCAUAAAAAUUAAGCAGGGCCCCAAAGAGCCUUAUAUGCAAUUUAUAGAACGAUUAAAAGAUGCAAUAGAAAAGCAAAUAGCAAAUGAUGAAGAAAAACGUAUGUUGAUACAGGCAUUGGCACAAAGCAAUGCAAAUGAAGACUGCAAGAAAGCUAUAGACCAAUUACAAGAAAUAAAUCCAUCCCUAGAUGAAAUGAUUGAUGCAUGUGCUGAUGUUGGAACUGUAUCUUUUGAAAUGGCUAAGUUGGCUGGUUACUUGGCAGCUGCUCUAAGGCCGUAUGAAUGCUAUGGAUGCGGGCAGCUAGGCCACAUAAAAGCAAAUUGUCCCCGUAGGUACAACUCAUCGGGGGCACGCCAGAAAUGGAGAGCUGUGCCUGCAGUGGGAAACUGUUACCGGUGCGGAAAACCCGGUCAUUUUGCCAAGGAAUGCUGGUCUAAAUUCCACGCGAACGGACUGCCUCUUAGUGGAUAGGGAAACAGGAACAAGAGUCCUAAAGGGAGAUGCUUACAGGCAUGAGCACCUUCCCGUCCUCCAGUGCAGGCCAAUGCAACCAGCUUACAGGGACAAGAAGAGGAUCUGCUGAUGUGGAUGUGUCUGUCGAUGGCAUUAUAACUUACAGACUUGUUGAAGGUAUAUAAAAUCCCCCUCGAGGCCCAUGAGCCUACUGGGGAGGGAUUAAGUACAUUAAUAUUAGGAUGAUCAAGAGCAAUGUUACAGGUUUUUUUUGCCCACCCUGGAGUUACAGAUACAGACUAUACUGGACAAAUAUGUGCUAUGGUAUCAAGACCUACUCCUCCUGUAUCCAUUCCAGCUAAAAGUUGUAUUGUUCAACUUGCACCUUUUAAGUCUUGUGUUCCUGAAACAGACUCAAAGCUGUGAGGAAACUGAAGCUUUGGCUUUGCUGGGGAGCCUGAAGUAUACUGGACUCAGGUCAUGUCUGAUCGAAGACCAAACGUGGUUUGUACUCAUACAAUGCCUCAGUCAAAUCCAUCCCACAUCAAGGUCAGUGGGAUGAUAGAUACUGGAGCAGGUGUUAUGAUCAUAUCUGCUUACACAUGGCCUCAGUCAUGGCCCACCAUAGCUGUAGGAUCUGGCCUUGGAGGUACCACACAAAGUUACUUGAGUAGUAAGCCUGUGUUAGUUGAAAAUCCAGAACAGACAGGCACGAUCCAUCCCUAUGUUACUGCUGUGCCACUCACCUAUGGGGAAGGGAUGUCUUGUCAGCAUGGGGGGUUUGGCUGGGAACAGAUUUUUAACAGGGGCCACUGUGCUGAAGGGCAUAAAGCAUCCUAGAUUAGCCUUAAAAUGACUCACUGAUCGACCUGUGUGGGUUGAAAAAGAAAAACUGAACACUCUUUAAUAGUUGGUUAAAGAGCAAUUAAAUCAAGGUCAUAUUGAGCCAUCAGUAAGUCCAUGGAACAUCCCUGUGUUUGUGAUUAAAAAGAAAUCAGGUAAAUGGAAGUUAUUCCAUGACUUUAAAAAAAUGAAUACAGUUAUGGAAAGUGUGGGUGCUUUACAGCCUGGAGUGCCAUGCCCUGCUAUGAUACCUGCUACCUGGGGCAUUCUGAUUGUUGAUUUAAAACUGUUUCUUUACCAUUCCUUUAUGUCUUGAUGAUAUCCCAAAUUUGUAUUUACAGUGCUCUCUGUCAAUCAUGCAGCAAAGAAGGCCUUUUACAGAUUCAGCCAAAACUGAUGCAAGUGCUGCAAGAGUUGCAGUUGCAUAUUGCACCUGGAGAGGUGCAACAACAACCCCCAUGGAAAUACCGGGGAGUUAAAAUGUUACAUCAGACAAUACAACCACAAACAAUUAAAUUUUCAACCAAGAUCCAAACAUUAAAUGAUGCACAAAAACUUUUAGGUAUCAUCAGCUGGAUAUGACCCUAUUUAAGGUUAAUUACCCCACAUUUAUCACCCUUGUUUAAUAUUCUUGAAGGUGUCCCUGACUUCCCUAGUGUUCUGGUUUAGCAUAGCUUAUUUUUUAGUUAAAAGCUGUUUUGCCCUCCUCCUAAUCCUUAUCUCACAACAGAAAAUGAGUAAAUAGUUCUAGUGGGUACACUGGCAUUUGGCCAGUGCUAGACCCACUUCAUUAAUUGGUGCAUUGGCCAGAAAACUCGGAUUGGCAAACGAAAACCAUUACACUUAAUUGAUGUUUUUGCCUGGUUACUGAAACCACUGCAUCUUUUGGUGGAGAAUACAGGCAAUUGGUGAAAGCUGUGAGAUAAUUAGGAGAAAUAAAGGGCAAAGCAAGUAUUAAGCAAUAAGUUUAAAUAGAAUGAUAGUGGAAAAUUUAUAUUGUUAUUAUAGUGAAAUGUCUAGGGGUGGAGGUUAGUGUAAGCAAUUUUUUCCUUCUGUUUAGUUUAGUAUUUUUUAUUGUUCUAAGUAGAAGUUGCAUGUUGAAUAUAAUUUUGAUAAUUUUAAAAUGUGUAUUCACAGAGACUAGGGGUGGUGAAUGUUGUGGUUUAACAAAGCUUGGUUUUUAGGUAAAGAGAAAAUCCAUCAGUUAUGGAAGUGAUUCUCUGUGAGGACUGCUAAAAGCUUCCUCUGGGCCCAUCAGAACCAAUCCUCUGGCUGGUUUUGAAUACUGACACCUUGUUAAACCACUUAAGGAAGCUGAAGACGUCCCUGUGUAAUCACAUUUAAAAACAAACAAAACCCAGGAAAAGCUGUCUUGCUUCCAGCUUCUGACCGGGUGACUGACACUGAUCAGGCCCACACUUCACCACGUGGCCCACAUGACCUGGUAGGGCUGGGCUGGGCCUUGCUCUGCUGCAGUGCUGGCCACACCAUUAAAUUGAUAAUGGCCCUGCCUGCAUCUCAGAGAAAACUCAUCAAUUCUUGCAGUUAUGGGGCAUGUCACAUCUCACUGGCAUUCCUCAUUCCCCUACAGGCCAAGCCAUUGCUGAGCUUGCCCAUGGCACUUUGAAGGGCAUUCUUGAAAAACAAAAAGGGACAAUGUCUGGUGAAACCCCACAAAGUAGGGUGGCCAAAGCUCUGUGUACACUGCAUCGCUUUAUGAUAUCGCCAAACUCCCAAAACCGUCAUUGCAGUCCUCUAGUGCCAUCCAGUUGCCCAAGCCUGAGGUGUGGGGCCUCAUUAGCAGCAAGUGGGAAGGUCCUUGGGGCCUUCUGCUCCAGGCUCUGCUCUGGAUCACAACCAGCAGCACCUCCCUGAGGGCCCCUCAGCUGACGCUGUGGAACAGAAACAAU